AUGUCGUUAGAAACAAUAUUGCCAGAAGCCAGUUAUGAAAAUAUGGAGCUACGAUUCGACAUCAACGUGAGUUUGUUCUUGUUACGAAAAAGUUAGUUAAAAAUGGCGAAAAACGAAAAAUUUCGGAGAAAAUAAUGAAAAAAUGGAGCGGAACGCCAAGAUUUCGCGAAUUUUGCGAAUUGCGCGCGAAUUUUGAAAGACUAAGUUUGGGGAGCUUGUAAAAUACAGCUUAGAGUUUCUAUUUUUGAAUACUAUUACUAAACUAGGCACUAGUUGACAUGUUUUUUGUAUUUUUUUUGAGUUUAUAUUAAUCAUGUUCAUAUUGAUCAAGAUAAAUCAACUUUUUUUUAACUAAAAAAUUUUAGGUAGCGUCGAAAACGAAUUCACCACCACAAUACGAAGUCCUUCUGAUUCUCCAUUUAAAAUCAGGUGAAACAAAGCAAUUUACGUUGAAAGCGGACGAUGUAAAGCGACUUGACAGUGAAAUCAGCCAAAUUGUAACCAACUUUCCGAAAUGCCGUAGAUAUCGUUAG